CUGUGGGAGGUGUCAACAAGAACGCAAUAAAAAGCCCUCGGCACAGAGAAGAAUCAUUUACGCCUUAUUUUAAUCAGAUAAUCAUGCAGGCACGGAUUUUUCUGGUACUUUGCUUGGCAGCUUUGGCAUGUGCAGCCCGCAUCCCUGAUGGCUCUAAGGAGCCUAACUGCUUCCUUUAUAAUCUGCCUAUGUGCACACGAGAAUAUAACCCUGUGUGUGGGACUGAUGAAAAGACAUAUCCCAAUGAAUGCUCUCUGUGUCUUGACAACAUAGAGCUGAAGGGCAAUGUAUUGAUCUCCAGGAAUGGUGAAUGCUGAGGCAAAAGUCCACUUGUUUUGGUCUGAGACGUGGCAUGAGAGGGUGGCACGUUUGACUCUGGUUUUGUUUUACAGCAUAAUAAUUUGUUUUAAAAUUAAGUGUUUGAUUCUAAUGUUGUAUGUCUCUUGUGUUAUGUCUUUUUUGUUUGUUUUUAAAACCUUGAUUUAAUACUCAAAUAAAGCCAUAAUUCAUUUAA